AGAGAGAGAGAGAGAGAGAAGCAGCUUAAAGCGACAAGAGCAGAGAAAAAAAAAGCAAGAGUUGAGGGUUUGCUUGGGGGUAAAGAGGGUAAAGAAGAAAGGGAGAAGAAGAUGUUUACGUGCAUAGCAUGUACGAAGCAGACGGACGAUGGUGGAGAGGAAGGAGGAGCGCGUGGCAGUGGCACCCCAAGUACAAAAGAAGCCGUCAAAAGCCUGACGGCGCAGAUCAAAGAUAUGGCACUGAAAUUCUCUGGUGCUUACAAGCAAUGCAAACCAUGCACAGGGUCGAGUAAUUAUAAGAAAGGAACACCGAGACCUUACCCGGAUUUUGAUACUGCUUCAGAAGGGAUUCCAUACCCCUAUGCUGCAAGCUCAAGUUCUACACCAGCUUGGGACUUCACCUCUAAUCAUCAGUUGGGUGCAAGAUCAGACUCAAGAUUUACCAGAGCAUAUGGUGGUGGUGAUCGGACCCCGGGAGGUGCAUCCUAUGCUCAGUCUUGUGAUGUAGUUUUGGAUGAGGAUGAGCCUAAGGAGUGGAUGGCACAGGUGGAACCUGGCGUACACAUCACUUUCGUAUCUCUUCCUAAUGGGGGAAAUGAUCUCAAACGAAUUCGUUUCAGCCGAGAGAUGUUUAACAAAUGGCAAGCUCAGCGAUGGUGGGGUGAGAAUUAUGACCGCAUCAUGGAGCUCUACAAUGUUCAGAGAUUCAACCGGCAAGCUCUGCACACUCCUCCAAGGUCUGAAGAUGAGCAGCAGAGAGAUUCUUCUUAUUCAAGGAUGGGAUCUGCUAUGGAAAGCCCUAUGGCUCCAUCGAACAAGGAUUGGACACCAAGGAACCAGUAUAAACCCUCUGGAGCUGGAAGUAGAGGCUAUUUCCCAUCCGAUUCUUUUGAUCAUGGUGGUGGUGGUCACCACUAUAAUGCUGGUGGUUCUAGUGCUUAUGGAGCAGGCGGGCACAAGGGAGAGGCGUCAUCUUUCGAUGCUUCACGGACAACAACCUCCUCUAGAGAUGAAGCUUCAAUCUCAAUUAGCAAUGCUAGUGAUGUCGAGUCAGAAUGGGUUGAGGAAGAUGAGCCUGGGGUAUAUAUAACCAUAAGGCAGCUAGCUGAUGGCACUCGGGAACUUCGCCGUGUCCGAUUCAGCCGCGAAAGGUUCGGGGAGAUGAACGCAAAGUCGUGGUGGGAAGAAAACAGAGAGAGAAUACAAGCUCAAUACCUUUAAAUUUUAACAUUACAAACACAACCAACAUUUCUGAUGGAUGAUGAUAUGAAAGAGUUCAAGGUGCAUCUGGAUGUCCCAAAAAGCUGAAAAAUGAAAUAUUUCAGUGAAGUCUCUCCACAGGAAAUUGGUGUUGCCACCACUAUUAUAUGAUCUAACACUUCAAAUAACUUAUUUUUUUAUUUUUCCUAUCAUAUAUAGUGAUGAUGGCUCAUGGGGUGGUGCUUCAUUUCCUGUCGGGGCUCAUUUACAUGGGAUAUCUAGAUGUGUCAAGUUUUGCCUUCAUUGGUGUCUUUGGGUCUUCUUUUCCCUUUAUGACUAUUAGUUUUUGGGAUUAUGGGAUUACGCGGCUCUCAUUUGAGUUUCUUCUUUGUAACACAUAUAGUUUGAGAAAUGGAAUUUAAUUUAUUUGCGGUUUAUA